AUGAACGAAACAACAAGUAAAUCAGCCAAGGCCAUUGUUGCCUUGGCUUGGCUUGUUGUGUUUGAAGGUUUCUUGGUGAAAGUUAAUGGACAUUUCUACUACAAAGAUGCCCUAACCAAGUCCAUCAUUUUUCUCGAGGCUCAACGUUCCGGGAAGCUUCCUGCUAAUAAUAGGGUUUCGUGGCGAGGAGAUUCUGGACUCGAUGAUGGGAAACUCGCAAACGUUGACCUUGUUGGAGGAUAUUAUGAUGCAGGAGACAAUGUCAAGUAUGGACUUCCAAUGGCAUUUACAGUGACAACUCUUUCAUGGGCUGCUUUGGCUUACAACAAAGAGCUUAAAGCUUCUGGUGAGUUAGAAAAUGUUCAUAAUGCCAUUCGUUGGGGCACUGAUUAUUUUCUCAAAGCCAGUUCCAGACGAAAACGAUUAUAUGUUCAGGUAGGAGACCCGGUAUUGGAUCAUCAAUGUUGGAUCCGACCCGAAAACAUGCAAACUCCUAGAACAGUGUUGAAGAUUGAUGAUAACAGACCGGGGACUGAAAUAGCCGCGGAAACAUCCGCGGCCAUGGCUGCUUCUUCCAUUGUCUUUAGAACCUUCGAUCGUCCCUACGCUCGUCGUGUUCUUAACAAAGCGAAACUGCUUUUUCAAUUUGCUAAAUCACAUAAAGGAACAUUUGAUGGAGAAUGUCCCUUCUAUUGCUCUUACUCCGGCUACAAUGACGAGCUAUUGUGGGCCGCAACAUGGCUAUACAUAGCGACUAGGAAGCCCAUGUAUUUAGAGUUCAUCCAAGAAGAGUCCAUUAGUGCAAAUGUGGCUGAAUUCAGUUGGGACCUUAAAUAUGCUGGAGCCCAAAUCCUUCUUACCAAUUUGUAUUUGGAGGGAGAAAAGAGUUUGGAAGAGUUCAAAAAGCAAGCAGAUAGCUACAUAUGCUCAGUGCUACCGGAGAGUCCAUACCACCAAGUUUACAUAUCACCCGGCGGAGCCGUACACAUGAGAGACGGCGCCAACACCCAAUACAUCACCGGCACAGCCCUGUUGUUCAGUGUCUACAGUGACAUCUUGGCCAGGCACCGCCAGAAGGUCCACUGUGAUAACACCCACUUCGACUCUACUCAAAUCUGGGCUUUUGCUAGGCAACAGAUGGAUUACAUUCUAGGAAAUAAUCCAGAAAAAAGAUCAUACAUGGUGGGUUUUGGGAGCAACCCACCAAAACAAGCGCACCACAGAGGAGCGUCGGUGCCGAAGCUAUCAUCAGGGUCACUGGUGAAUUGUGCGAUGAGUUUUGUGAACUGGUACAAUACCAACUCCCCCAAUGUCAAUGAGCUCACCGGGGCCAUCGUCGGUGGCCCAGACCGCUAUGACAAUUUUGACGACAAACGUUGGGACUCCUCCAAGACAGAGCCUUGUACUUACAUUAACUCACUCGCCAUUGGGGUGCUAGCCAAGCUUGCCAACAACCCUAAUUAAUUAACUAGAUUUAUUAUUAAUUGAGAUUUUAUUCUUUGCAUGCAUGCUUUUGAUUUGAUUAAUUACUACUAAUUGACUCUAUUGUUUUGUUUCAUGCAUUUU